UUUUAUACCACAGUAUUCACUGCUGUUCAGUGAAGAACAAGUAGACAACUGUGUUUGCGUCUGAUACCAAUUAUUAGAAAUCGAUAAAAAAUACCCUGUAAAAAGGAUAGUUAUUGUGCUAAACCAAAUCGAAAACAUGUGAAUUUGCUUGUAACCCAUCAAGCUAAACUGUAUAAAAUGAUGGUACUUGGAGGAACCUGAAUCGAGGAUCGCACUGUUUUGCUUUCUAGGGAGGUAGUUAGCUGCAUUUGGCAAACCUGAGAGGCUUCCAGUAUAGUAAAUUUAUGUAACUCUGGGCCAUCAUCUCAACGUCACCGGAGAGUGAACACUGGAUGCAAAUACAGGAAUCGCAUUGAAAUUUUCAAGGCACAGUGAAACUCUCAUCUGUUCGGUGUCAGCAGAACACAGUGCGAAUAAAAAUAACAUGGGGAACAACGCUACAUCCACAAAUAAAAAAGUUGAUGCUGCUGAGAGCGUAAAGGAAUUUUUAGAUCAAGCAAAAGAAGAUUUUGAGGAGAAAUGGAAAAGGAAUCCUACCAACACUGCUGCCCUGGAUGAUUUCGAGCGUAUUAAAACGCUCGGAACAGGAUCUUUCGGAAGGGUCAUGAUAGUACAACAUAAGUCAACCAAAGAUUACUAUGCUAUGAAAAUACUGGAUAAGCAAAAGGUAGUCAAGCUUAAACAGGUUGAGCAUACUCUCAACGAAAAGAGGAUUCUACAAGCAAUUUCUUUCCCAUUUUUGGUUAGCUUGAAGUUUCAUUUCAAGGAUAAUUCAAAUCUAUACAUGGUUCUGGAAUAUGUUCCUGGUGGAGAAAUGUUCUCCCACUUACGUAAGGUGGGACGAUUUUCGGAACCGCAUUCUCGUUUCUACGCUGCGCAAAUAGUUCUCGCUUUCGAGUACUUACAUUAUCUAGAUUUGAUAUAUCGUGAUUUGAAGCCCGAAAACCUGUUGAUCGAUUCGCAAGGCUAUCUCAAAGUUACGGACUUUGGUUUUGCUAAACGCGUGAAAGGAAGAACAUGGACCCUUUGUGGCACUCCAGAAUAUUUGGCUCCGGAAAUUAUUUUAAGCAAAGGUUACAACAAGGCCGUCGAUUGGUGGGCACUAGGAGUUUUGGUAUAUGAAAUGGCAGCUGGCUAUCCCCCAUUUUUUGCUGAUCAACCCAUACAGAUCUACGAGAAAAUAGUGUCCGGAAAAGUUCGAUUCCCGUCACACUUUGGCUCAGAGUUGAAAGAUCUUCUAAGAAAUUUGCUUCAGGUCGACUUAACCAAGCGUUAUGGUAACUUGAAAGCAGGCGUUAACGAUAUUAAGGGCCACAGAUGGUUUGCCUCCACUGAUUGGAUCGCUGUGUUCCAAAAGAAAAUUGAAGCUCCGUUUAUACCACGCUGCAAAGGACCCGGAGACACAAGCAACUUUGACGAUUACGAAGAGGAAGCAUUAAGGAUCUCAAGCACCGAAAAGUGUGCGAAGGAGUUUGCCGAAUUCUAAGAAACGCGAAAAGAAAGAGUUUAAUACACUGCAAUCAUCAAAAAACUAGAAUUUUAUAGAAUAAAUUGUACGUCACAAAACUCUCAAAACAAGGCAAAUAGUAAUGACCAAUCAGACCAAACCACUAUCAUCGCAAAGCUGAUUGCCCAUCCAGUACAAAAUCGAUGUGUCAUUAGUAUUGUAAUGAAAUUAAAAUCGUCUAUACGCUGCUGUUACCACAAUCAAAUGAUCAUCCCAAACGUACUGGAUACUUGCUGAAACAGGUAAAGCUGAAUUUAUCAUCAAUCACCAACAUAAGCAAAACAUCAAUAUACGAUUUUAAGAAAUAUCUGAUGUCAACUCGGCACGACUGCUGAUAACAGUGGCUUCUCAAGCUUUUUUUAUAAUGGAGAGUUUAGGUAUCUACAACAUAAACUAACUCGAUUAUCAUGUCGGAUUACAUAACGCAAAAUACAACUGAAAACAUGUUAUAACAUUACACAAUUAUACUAAGUAACGUUGCAUGAUUCUUCAACAGCAGUAUAAUAAAUAAAUAUGAAGCAAACAAUAGUUCUAUAGACAAAAAACGUUUAAAUUAAUGGAUUUUAUAUACAUUACUAUAAAUAGCAAUGUAGGCUUCCUUAUUUUAUUUAUUGUAUAAAAAUAUUGAGAGCGUUGUCGGGUCAGUGAAGAGUUUGAUUCGAAUAGUACUAUGUGCUGUUCUGUUAAUAAUUAUUGUUAGUUGUAUAUACUUUCCUUACAAUAAAUCUCUGCUGAUAACAAAAA